ACCAGGGCUCGCCCUCUUCUUCAUUGAUUUUCUUUAAUAGUCUAAAUUUGUUAUUUACUUACAAUAAAACCUAAUUUAUUGUUUGCCAGGCGGAAUUUGAAAUACCUGAAGCUUCUGACAGUAGGACAAAGAAGAAAAUUAUUCAGAUUGUCGGCGAGCGCUGGAGGCAGUUUAAAUCUGACUUGACUAGAAAAUGGGCACUUGGAGCCGACAAGGACGGUGCGGACAACAUUGUCUGUGAAAAAUAUGGCAUUAGCAAGGAGAAAUGGACCCAGUUUUGUCAGACCCGCAGAGACCCCUCAUGGGGGGAUGUGCAGAAAAAGGCACAGGCCUCCCAAAAGCAAAACACUACCCCCCACGUAUUGUCUCGUGGAGGUUAUGAAUAUUUAGAAGAAAAGCUCAUGGCUGAGAAGACAAAGAAAAGACUGGAAGAAGCUACCCAAUCUGGAAGCACUGAGGGCAUCAUUGACCCUCCAUCUCCCAUCAGACGCCACGUGAAAUGGAAGAUGGCCCGCACAAAGAAAACUGGACAGAUGACAUCUGAGGCAGCAAAAGAAAUAGCUGACAGAAUUGCGUCACAGGGAUCGUUCAUCCCCCAUGGACGUCAGGAUAUCCUGACUGCUGCCAUUGGGCGACCAGAGCACCCUGGCCGUGUUCGUGCUAUUGGAGCCGGUGUCACCAUAAAGCAAUACUUUGGAUCGGCUUCACGAACGUCCCGCAGUUCUUCCUCCAUGCCUCCUGAAGACCUAGAACAGUUGACCCAACAAAUCAGAGACCAACUGGAGGAGUCAAUUACAGAAAAAGUGACUCGAAAGAUGAUGGAAUCCUUCAGCCAGAUGCAGUCCCAGUUUUAGUCUCAGAUGCAAUCACAGGGACUUGCACUACCUCCAGAGCCAGAGGUUGGUCCCUCAGGUCCUCGUGUCAGCACAAAGGAGAGUUGUGUUGUUCACUCAGGGAACAAUCCAGGGACGGGUGACUCAAACAAAUGCGGGCUAUAUAUUGAAGAAAAUCCUUCCCGGCUGGUUGCCCUAGGAAGACUUUAUGAGGGAUCCACAAUAGUUCACAACAUCCCUUUGUUGCAUGGUUAAGUCAAGGUUGGUGUUGAGGAGGUUAA